GACCAAUAUUUUGUCAUAGAUGUGGUACUUUAAUUAUAAAUACUGGUAAAGAUGUUUUAGAAUGUUCAACAUGUCAUGCAAUAAAAGACGCAGCAGAAUAUGAAAAUGUAACAGUUGUAACGAGAAGCGAUCCAAAGUCAUUCCCAUCAAAAUUACGAUUACGCCAUUCCAGAAUUCAACAAUCGGAUCGAUACAAAGAAGAAAAGGCAACAAUUAAGGAGAAAUGUCCAAAAUGUGGAAACGAAGAAAUGAAUUAUCAUACGAUGCAAUUAAGGUCGGCCGAUGAAGGACAAACUAUUUUUUAUCAUUGUGUAAAGUGCGGGUACAAGUUUUCAAUUAAUUCUUGA